AAGAGGACUGUAUCCUCUAUGCUUGCUAUAUAAAUUCAACCUAGGAGGGAGAAACACGCCUCGAUGAAUGAUUUUUGGAUGGCUGUUGGGGGGAGCGAAAGUAGAAAAAGCCUCUCUUCUCAAUUUCACUGCUUCACCUGGAGAAAUGCAGACUUAGCCCGAGAAAAAACGGCAAGAUCAAGCACAUUUUAGGAUUUUUUUGUUCUUGUCAUUUGUUGCCAACCGGUUCUAAAACGAGAUGCUGUCUUUUGUGUGCACCUGUCUGUGGGGACAACGACAAUAGCUCUAAUUAUUCCAGCGCCUGUCUAAAAUAGGCUCCAAAUCCAGUCAGGCGUUUUCUCUCCAAUAAAGAUAUAUAGAUGCAUAUGUUUAUAUGACUAACGACGAACGUGAAGAUAGGUGCACGUGAAUCAACCGCGGCAAAAGACGACAUAGAACAUUACAUUAUUAAAAUACAUCUACAGCUUGCCUACUGGAUUUAAGGGAUUCAUUCUAAAAUCUAAACAAAAAACACAACCUCAGUAAAAUGGCUAUUUAUUUCUAGGAUAACAUUUUAAAUAAAUAAACGGAUUAUUUUUUUCUCAGUAUUUUGAUUGAGAUUCGGACCACGGAUUUUGAAUUACUUGACAAGAAGACUUUUUUUUUAUAACCCCCAAUAUUACCUCUUAGUAAUAAUAAUAAUAAUAAUAAUAAUAAUAAUAAUAAUAAUAAUAAUAAUAAUAAUAAUAACUGGAUUUGAACAUCUUUCCUCUGGAAUAAGAUGUUUCUAUAUCGAAAAGCCAUGGAAUGGAAUCCUCACCGAGCGUUGCUGAAAAAACCGUCUCCUUUUGCUCAUCUGCCAGAUGUCCAGCAUUGAUGGGACAUGUUGUGUUCUCACAGAAAUCCUUUUAACGUAUUGAAUCGCUGUGUUCAAGUUGUCUUAUGGUAUAUGUGUGUGCUCUUUAUGAUCAAAAUGGUCUGGUUCCUUGGCGGUCUUAAUAAAACCAGAGGAAGCACAGAGCUGCUUGCAAAAUCAAAGCCAUUUUCAGCAUCAUAUUAUUGACUGCGGGCGAGAUUUUUUACUUAAAAAACAAACAGAACACCGACAUCUGCAAAGGGGAAACAGAAACUGACCUUUAUUUUUGGUUUUGGUAUUUGUCCAUAUUUAUAUUCAUAUAUUUUUAUUUUUGGGGGAGGAAUAUUUUUUUCCACAUUAAAAACAAGCCCCCCACACACAGGCGCGUGGAGCUGGUGGCUGCCUGGAAGAGAUCUUCUUAUUAAUUUUUAAUCUUUAUGCAUCCGCAAGAAGCAGAAAGAAGGUAGCAAAAAUAACAGAAAUAAAAAGCGGAGAGCGCAGAAAUAAUGGACGAGAGACAUUGAAGAAAGGACAGAGGAGGAAGAGCGGAGGCAACCAGGGAUUGGUGCUCCUGUACUGGGGGUAUAGAUUGGAAUCCAGCUGGGACCUGACAAGUGUGGAAUGUUGAGGACACAGAGACACAAACCUGCACGCAGAAUGGCACUGUCCUUAUGGAUUCUGUUGUGCUCUGUGAUCACACUGAGCAACAUCGCCCCUUCUGUGCAAGCUCUGAGCCGAUCUGCCCUGCCUUUCGGUCUGAUGCGACGGGAGCUGGCCUGCGAGGGCUAUCCCAUUGAGCUGCGCUGCCCAGGAAGUGAUGUCAUUAUGAUCGAGAACGCCAACUACGGCCGCACGGAUGACAAGAUCUGCGAUGCGGACCCCUUCCAGAUGGAGAAUGUGCAGUGCUACCUGCCAGACGCAUUCAAGAUCAUGUCUCAGAGGUGCAACAACCGGACACAGUGCGUGGUGGUGGCUGGCUCCGAUGUCUUCCCUGACCCCUGCCCGGGUACCUACAAAUACCUAGAGAUCCAGUAUGAGUGCGUUCCUUACAAAGUGGACCAAAAAGUUUUUGUCUGUCCUGGAACGCUAUUGAAAGUACAGGACCCUAGUUCCAUGCAAGAAACAGAGCACCAAGCGGGCGCGUGGUGCAAAGACCCUCUGCAAGCAGGCGAUCGCUUAUACAUCAUGCCUUGGACCCCGUAUCGCACAGAUACCCUGAGUGAAUAUGCCUCUUGGGACGACUACAUCACCGGACGGCCUACCACCACUUAUCGGCUUCCCAAUCGCGUAGACGGCACUGGGUUUGUGGUUUACGAUGGGGCCGUUUUCUACAACAAAGAACGGACUCGCAACAUCGUAAAGUACGAUUUGCGGACCCGGAUCAAAAGUGGCGAGGCCAUAAUUGCCAAUGCCAAUUACCACGACACCUCUCCCUACCGCUGGGGCGGCAAAUCUGAUAUCGACUUGGCAGUGGACGAGAACGGACUCUGGGUGAUUUAUGCCACCGAAUCCAAUAACGGACGCCUCGUUGUCAGCCAGGUGAACCCCUACACCCUGCGAUUCGAAGGUACUUGGGAGACAGGUUAUGAUAAACGUUUGGCAUCCAAUGCUUUCAUGGCCUGUGGAGUGUUGUACGUAGUUCGUUCGGUGUAUGUUGAUGAUGACAGCGAAGCAGCGGGGGACUUUAUUUCUUAUGCCUACAACACUAAUUUGAACCGUGAGGAGCCAGUCAAUAUUGUCUUCCCCAAUCCAUACCAGUACAUUUCAUCCAUUGACUACAACCCCAGAGACAAUCAGCUGUACGUGUGGAAUAACUUCUUUGUGCUUCGUUAUCCAUUGGAGUUUGGGCCACCCGAUCCUACAACAGGUCCACUCGCCACAACCCAAAUCACUGCAACAACCUCUGUCAAACUGGUUCCCCCUAUUGCCACCAAUACAGCCACUUCCACCACCUCUAAACCACUCCCUGUCACCUCCCACCCCAUUGGAGCAAUCAACCAGAUGAUCCCGGAUCUCCGGCCAAUCACAGCCACCAUUCCGGUGACACGCCGCCCCUUGCCACCCAAUCAGCAUGGCUUGGAACAGCAGCUGUGUGAGGAAGUAAUGGCCCGGGGUGUGAAGUGGCCCUCCACCCAGCAGGGGGCACUAAUCGAGAGACCCUGCCCCAAAGGAUCUCGAGGGAUUGCUGCGUUCCAGUGCAUGUCUUCGCCAGUUAUGUGGAACCCCAGGGGUCCUGACUUCAGCAACUGUACCUCCCCCUGGGUAAAUCAGGUGGCACAGAAGAUCAAGAGUGGUGAGAACGCAGCAAACAUUGCGGGCGAGCUCGCCAAUCACACGCGUGACAGAAUCCACGCCGGGGACGUCAGCUCCUCUGUGCGACUCAUGGAGCAGUUACUGGACAUUCUGGAUGCUCAGCUUCAAGCUCUACGCCCCGGGAAUAAGGAGUCUGCCACCCGCAACUACAACAAGUUCCAGAAGCGGGAACGUACCUGCCGUUCAUAUAUUCAGGCUGUGGUUCAGACAAUAGAUAACCUGCUUCGCCCGGAUGCCCUUCAAUCCUGGCAGGAUAUGAACACCACAGAGCAGUCUCACACAGCCACCAUGCUACUGGACGUCAUGGAAGAGGGUGCUUUCCUAUUGGCCGACAACCUGCGGGAGCCCAAGUUCGUGGCCAAUGGCAUUAACAUUGCGUUGGAGGUGUGGGUUAUUAACACAGAGACGGAUCUGCAACCCUUAACAUUCCCUCAGUCCUUUCCCAGUGAAAGCACCAUCCAACUGUCUGCCAACACCAUCAAGCAGAAAAGCCGCAGCGGUGUUGUCAAGGUAGUCUUCUUGCUUUACAAGAACCUCGGCCCUUUCUUGUCCACUGAGAACGCCACAGUGAAGAUGGAUCUUGAGCCAGGUUUCCCCAGCAAUGGCCUGGUGGUCAACUCUCAGGUCAUCUCGGCGUCUAUCAACAAGGAGUCCAACCGCGUCUACCUGACCGACCCUGUCGUCUUCACGCUGCCACACCUCAAGCUUGACAACCACUUCAGCCCAAACUGCUCUUUCUGGAACUACUCGGAGAGGUCCAUGAUGGGUUAUUGGUCAACGCAGGGCUGUCGGCUUGUAAAGACCAACAAGACUCACACCACCUGUGCCUGCAGCCACCUCACCAACUUUGCUGUGCUGAUGGCUCACCACGACGCAGUGUAUCCCGGGAGGAUGCAUGAGCUCAUCCUGUUCGUCAUCACCUGGGUAGGCAUUGUGAUUUCUCUGGUCUGCCUGGCCAUCUGCAUCUCCACUUUCUGCUUCCUGAGAGGCCUGCAGACUGACCGAAACACCAUUCACAAGAACCUGUGCAUCAACCUCUUCAUUGCAGAGCUGCUCUUCCUGAUCGGCAUAGACAAGACACAGUACGACAUCGCCUGCCCGAUCUUUGCUGGGCUGCUGCAUUUCUUCUUCCUUGCUGCGUUCUCAUGGAUGUGUCUGGAGGGAGUUCACCUGUAUCUAAUGCUGGUGGAAGUGUUUGAGAGUGAAUACUCUCGCAAGAAGUACUACUACCUGUGUGGCUACUGCUUCCCUGCGCUCGUGGUGGGGAUAUCGGCUGCCAUUGACUACCGCAGUUACGGAACCAAGAAAGCCUGCUGGCUACGGGUGGAUAACUAUUUCAUCUGGAGUUUCAUUGGACCAGUCUCCUUUGUGAUCAUGCUGAACUUGGUGUUCCUAAUGAUCACGCUGCACAAGAUGAUUCGAAACACCUCGGCACUCAAGCCCGACUCCAGUCGCCUCGACAAUAUCAAGUCCUGGGCUCUUGGUGCCAUCGCCCUGCUCUUUCUCCUGGGGCUGACCUGGGCGUUCGGUCUUCUGUUCAUCAAUGAGAACACUGUCAUCAUGGCGUAUCUCUUCACCACCUUCAACGCCUUCCAGGGCAUGUUCAUCUUCAUCUUCCACUGCGCCCUGCAGAAGAAGGUGCACAAGGAGUACAGUAAGUGCCUGCGUCACUCCUACUGCUGUAGCCGAACAUCCACCGCUAAUUCUCACGGCUCUCUCAAGACUUCCGCAAUGAGGACCAAUAAUCGCUACUAUACUGGGACGCAGGUACGCCAUGGACCGACUCAUAGACAGAGUCGCAUCAGGAGGAUGUGGAACGACACAGUCCGAAAGCAGACCGAGUCAUCUUUCAUGGCAGGAGAGAUUAACAGCACCCCGUCACUGAACCGUGCUACGAUGGGGAACCACCUGCUUACCAACCCAGUCCUACAGACUCGCUCAGGCACCAGCCCCUACAACACCCUGCUGGCUGAAUCAGUGGGGUACAACCCCCCCUCUCCAAGCGUCUUCAACUCCACUGGAACCUUCAGAGACCCAAAAAACACCCUGUCCAAAAGCCGUGACACCUGUGGAAUGGAAACCCUGCCUUUAAACGGGAACUUCAACAACAGCUACUCCCUGCGGAGUGGAGCUGGAGUGGGCGGUGCUGGGGGCUGUGACUUCCUGGGGAGCAGCGGUAACAGCCCAGGGGGGCCCCCUCCUCUCCCUAGAACAGGACGCAACCUGAGUGAUGCCGCCGCAUUUGAAAAGAUGAUUAUCUCCGAGCUGGUGCACAACAACCUGCGUGGGGCUGGGGGAGAGAAAGGCAGUCUAGUGAAGGGGCACAGCGGGAGCAGUGGCCUGGGAGGAGGUGUCGAUCCUGGGGCCGGUGGCAGCGAGGAUGACGCCAUAGUCCCAGAUGCUCCUCACGAGCAGGAAAGCAUCGAUAUCGAGCUGAUGUACAAAGCUUUGGAGGAACCUUUGCUCCUGCAGAGGGCACAGUCUAUCCUCUAUCAGAGUGACCCAGAGGAGUCAGAAAGCUAUACGGCCGAGCUGACUGAAGGAAUUGAGGGCCAGCUUCAGUCCCCAAACAGAGACUCUCUUUACACCAGUAUGACCAACCUUCGGGAUUCCCCGUAUCCAGACAGUAGCCCUGAAGCAGUGGAAGUGGUUCCUCAUUCAGCCCAAGCCCCUGAUGAGCUCUAUUUCAGCAGCAGCCGGCCGGCGCUAGUGCCUCGAGGGCAGCUUCAAGCCUACUACCAGUCCCAGGCUCGGAGGCUUAGUGGGGAGGGUUACCUGGUGCAAGUAGGUCUGGAAGGGGGAAUGGUAGAAGGAGAUGGCCAGAUGCAGCUUGUGACCAGCCUCUGAUGCCAGAAGGGCCAAGGGAGGGAGAAUGAGAGAGGAGUCGGGGCAGGAACAGACCUCAAAGAUACCAACAAGACUGUCUUCAGAUCCUCCAUACCUCCUCUUCCUUCCUCCUCCCCAAAACACUACAUUGAGGUAAUUGGGAUUUCACCAGAUUAGGGCCCCCCACAAACAACUUGCUACUGCCGCAGGUGUGGGGGAGUGGGGGGAGGCUGCCUUAUUCUCAGUCAGAUUUCAUUUUACAGUAGUGAUUAGAAACAUAAACACAAGGCAGUGAAUUUCGAGGGACAAUGAAAGAAAGAAGAAAGAAAGAAAGAAAGAAAGAAAAAGAAAGCGCUACCUCUGGCUUAGGUGUUUUUUGUCUGCCAUCUUGUUUCCUUUCUUUGCGGGUCAUUGUUCGAAGACCAAGAAAACCACUUUUUAAAGUUCUAGAACCUCUGAAAUAAAAGCACAGAUAUUCCCGUUUCCUGCCUUUUUUGCAAAAAACUGGCAUCUAAAUCAGUUUGUUUCUCCAUUUGUCUCUGCCCAAGAAAGCACACAGUUCUUUUGUAAGCAUU